AUGCUCGACGAGUUUUCUGUCAAGUUUAAAGUGGAUGACAAACAGGAAACACCUGCUGGCAAUAAUUUGCUGGAGGUAGGAAAAGGAAAACUAUUGGAUAAAGAUCAACAGACCGAGUUUCACCGGUUUGUUGCAAAACAUUUGUUUUUGACCAAACGCGCGCGUCUGGAUAUGCAUCCGACGGUGGCAAUUUUGGCAUCACGAGUUCAAAAUCCAAAUCAGAGUGAUUGGCAUAAACUCGUGAGACUUAUGAGAUACAUGCACUCUACCAAGAAAUGGCAUCUCACGCUGAGCGCUGACAACCUUCGUGUAAUGAAGUGGUAUGUUGAUGCGUCUUUUGCGGUUCACCCUGACUUCAAGAGUCACACAGGAGGAGUGAUGACCAUGGGUGGUGGAGCCAUGCAGGCUAUGUCCAAGAAACAGAAGUUAAACAGCCGCAGCAGUACACAUGCGGAACUAAUUGGAGUAGAUGAUGCGAUCACACAAGUGUUGUGGACACGCAUGUUCAUGGAAGAACAGGGUUAUCCGAUUGAGAAGAAUAUCUUGUACCAAGACAACAUGAGCUCUAUUCUCCUCGAAAAGAACGGGAGAUUGAGUGCAGGAAAGAGAAGCCGCGCUUUGAACAUCCGUUAUUUCUUUGUCACUGAUCAGGUUGAGAAAGGAAAUCUUACGAUCGAACACAUGCCGACCGAUGACAUGUGGGGGGAUUAUAUGACAAAACCUUUGCAAGGGGAAAAGUUCCGCAAAUUUCGGGCAUUGAUCCAAGGGGAACAGGAAGAUUAG